UUGGAGUUGCUCUACUGUUUCAGUUUUACAUUUUUAAUAAGAAAAUUGGAUUAGACAAUUAAAGUUUAAAUAUAUAAUGUCAUAAUUUGCAAGCAGGGAUGGAAAAUUAAAGUUUGAAUAAAUCAUCUCAAGUUAAUAGUGGCCUUCCACCACAUGGAGGUCAUGAUGGUAAGGCUUGAUAAAAGAAAACAAACAAACAAAACAGACGUAGCUGCACCAACCAUCAGGCUUUUUAAAUUCAGGAUGGGCAGUUUAUGCUGCUCGUGCUCUGACUUUAACAGCACGUGCUCAUCUCUUGUCCACUGGCAGCAGAAAUCUGAGUACAGCUGUAAAUCACCGGAUUGGUCAAAUCAUACUUGUAUAUCGAGUGAGUUUUCAAUUGUAUAUUUAGCAAUCACCCUGUAAUACCAUUCUACGCGGACACAGAUGCAAAAAUCUAUCAUCAGUUACCAUGGCAACUGUAUUAAACGUCAGACGAGAAGUGUGAGCACGUUCAUACAGAAGGCGUGGUUUGUGAGAGAGGGGAAGACAGAGCCAGGGGUUGUAGGCAUGUAGAGAGUCAGACAGAGGAGGAUGAGUUCGUGAACAAUCUCGUCCACAUCUGGGAUUUGUGAAGCAGCCGUCGUGUGGUUGGUUGGUUAAUGCAGAGAUAGUGAAGCGGAAACGAGGCUAGCUGUUGUUUUUUUUUUUUUCCUGACAGAAAUCAACAGGGUGAAAGCCGCCGUUUCUCCGACGAUGUUUUUCUUCUUCUUCUUCUUCUUCUUCUCUUGCAGCGGCGUUGAUCACAGCUAAAGAAUUCGUACGAAGGAUUUCAGAGGCCAGAAUCUAAACAACAGUCGUACAGAGCUGAGAUGAACGACGUGGAGCUGUGAUUGUUGUGGAGGCUCUCCUGGACACGCAGCCUGCUGAGUAAAACGGGCUGUAGCUACUGAACAAAGCUCAAACAGCAGGAAAACAGGCGUAGCUUGUUUGUCUGGGGGGGGGGGGGGGGGGGGGUUAACGUGGACAGACUGGGACAAAUUCUCAGAAGUCUGAGGUAACACGAGAAACAAAGGGAAUAAACCAAUCGCCUUGUACAACCCAACAACGGGGAUUUAUAUUUAGCAGGCUUUAGCAUAGACUCUGGCCAUGUUUUUACAGGAUGUAAACAAAUAACACAUCAUUUCUGGGAAAGGUAUUGAACUCUUAUUGUGAGGAGACAGAGAGGGGAAGGUCCAAAUGUGUUAUGUUUGUGUAAAAUUGUUGGGAGCUACACAUAACACAGCUGCAGUUGCUACCCAGCUUGUUGUUACAAAAUGUGUGUUGUUUUUACUCUGCGACUGAAGUAUGUAUUUAAGUAUGUCCAUCAAGAGAAUUCAGAUGAGACCAAACCAAAACAGACAACAGGUGGUUCCACCUCCGAAGACAAUCUCAAAGCGUUGAUGAACAGACAAGAGAGAGAAAACCUAUCAGAGUUGUAAAUUCUAGAUGGUUUGAAUUUUUGUGACUUAUGUUGCCAUUUGCAUGACAGGCUCCUGUAGAUCAACCACGGCAUCAGUGACCUCUUAUUUCUUAAAGCUGGGUUUCACGAGAGGUGUCACUGGGAAGUAUUGCGGCAUGGAAAAUGUACAGCCAGUAGCUGCUACAACAAAGCAUAAUUGAUGUUGCAUGUAAUUAAUCACAGAGCCAUUUACUGACUGGUUUCAACAGUGGUGUAACACAUUGGUAUCCAUUGUCCAAAAAAGGGUCAGACAAUAUAUCCAAUACUUUUAUUAUAUUAGCUUACAGUACAUAUAUAUAUAUAUAUAUAUAUAUAUAUAUAUAUAUAUAUAUAUAUAUAUAUUGCCCUUUGACAGUUUUUUUCAAAUCAGCCUAAUAAGCCAGUGUUCCCUCCUGCCUUUUCCUUUUUUCAGUUGAUGGAUUUGGAAAUAAUGAAAAUAGAAAGUUACAAAUGGAUGAGGAGGAUUCAUUUAUCAACAGCUAUGUCUGAAUCCAGGAAACCAAGACUGACUGACUCUGAUCUGACUGGACGUGUGUGAGAUAAGGGAUGAGUUUUCUGGUGGUGUUUUGGUGUUUGAUCGAUGGAUUCACCUGUUAGCACAGCCCUGUGGGGCAGCAGUGCCAGCAACUACACAGCUGACAACUCUGGGCCAAGCUUCACCAACCAGCUGGGCACUGCCUCACCUGUUGUGCCAAGGGUUGUUUCCAUAGUGACCAGCCUUGUGACCACCACCACAGAGGCCACAGUGGGAGCCACAGGAAACCUAUCAGUGUUUAGAGACCAAAGAGGGAGUGAGCUCAGUCAGACCCAUCAGGCAUCGACCCCAUCUGUGCUGAGUGCCGCGGAGAGUAACUCUGUCCUGCAGGGCAUCACAGUGGCAGCUCAGGCCCUGGUGCUCCUCUCCAUCUUCCUUCUGUCCAGCCUCGGUAACUCGGCAGUCGUCAUCGUCAUCAUCAAACACAGACAGCUUCGAACGGUGACCAACGCUUUCAUCAUGUCACUGUCGCUGUCUGACUUCCUCACAGCUGUUCUAUGUCUGCCAUUCUCCUUUGUCAUGCUCUUCAGUAAGGAUGGCAUCUGGAUGUUCGGGGAUCAUUUCUGUGUAGCCAAUGGCUUUUUCAACACUUGCUUUGGUAUCAUUUCCACCCUGACUAUGACUCUGAUCUCCUUUGACAGGUACUAUGCCAUAGUCAGACAGCCACAGGCUAAAAUAGGACGCCAGAAAGCAACUCAGUUGUUGAUAGCUGUGUGGUUAACGGCAGUCAUUUUCUCUUUACCUUGGUAUCUGUUAGUCCGAACACCUACAGAAAUCCAUAAGCGAGGUUUCUACCACUGUAUGUAUGUGUUCCAUUCUGGGACUUCACGCAUGGGGACAGCUUAUAGCAUCUGCCUUAUUGUUGUAUGUUAUUUACUGCCCUUCUCACUCAUGUGUUUUUGUCAUUAUAACAUCUGUAAGACAGUGCGGCUCUCAGAAAUCCGAGUCAGGCCUGUGACCACGUAUGCAUACCUACUUAGAUUUUACAGUGAAAUGCGAACAGCCACCACAGUUUUGAUUAUGAUUGUUUUUAUAAUUUUUUGUUGGGGGCCAUAUUGUUUAAUGGGGUUGGUCACAGCAAUGGGAGACUAUACGUUCAACCCUGCAAUGGACACGGUGGCUAUCUGGCUAGCCUGGGCAAAUGGAGCUAUCAACCCUCUGAUCUACGCUAUGAGGAACCCCAACAUAUCCAUGUUACUGGGACGGAGCAGAGAGGAGGGCUAUCGGACCAGAAAUAUUGCUGCGUACCUCUCCAGCCAAACCCAGAACCGUGAGAUUCGGAUUAACCAAGCAGAGAGGAUAAGAGACCGCUACGUGAGUCGCGUAGGGGUGAAUAAUAACAGCCGCCUGUCGAGUUCGAGUCCUGGUAAAGGAGGAGAGGUGGCAAUGUGGGCCUGUAAAAACCCUGCUGUGUUCUUCUGCAGGGAUGCCCAGCCUGAUACUGCAACACUACCCAACUCUGUCAGUGCUCGAAAGAUGAAGACAGCUGACACCAGCUUGUGACAUUGCAGAAGAAUUCUUAACCAUCUAAUAAUUUUAUUAAUCUUAUUUGUAUUUAUUGUGAUGGAUUUAGAGGCCAUGGUCACCAGUUUGACAUUUUACGAAAUACCUGACACCUGUCUCAUCAGAGACAGGUGUUUGUGUUCCAGACCCUGACAUGAUGAGAUCCUAACCCUAACCCAGGUAUGAAAAGGACCAUGAGUUGUUCAUAUAGUACUAUUAAAUUGCAGAAUUGUUCACACGGUGUGGGAAGACAUGAUGGUGAAAACUCAGUUUAAGCACCUGUUUUGAAAAAUAGCCAUUGACAGUUCUUUACGUUAAAUUCUCUCCUGAAUUUGAUGGACACCGUGAAGUCAUCUCAAGGAUCCAUGGGACCACCUGAAGGAUCUCUGGAAUCCCCUCAGUGAUUAAGCAUGAAAGGUGACACAAAACAUUUCUGUUACGGCACAUGAUGUGUUUGUGCUUGUGUUGCUCCUUUUAUUUCUAGAUGCAGCAUGUGGAUAAGGGAAACUGAUAAAAGAUCUAGCAUUUUCUUAAUCCUAAACCUUCCAUGCUUAAAACAUAUAUGUACUGUACGUGUCAUUUUGAGACAUCAUUGGCCAUUUGUUUAAAUGUGUAAAACAACCUAAAGUUAAACUUUUCUAACAAGCAACCUCUCGCUGUCAUGUAAACAGUGACUAGCCUGUCCUCUGCCAGAGGCAAAGACAAAACUUGAUGGAACCUCUAAUGAUGUGGUCACAUCAGAAAUUGGCACAGCAAAGAUCCGCGCCAAAAAGCUGAUUUCAGAGUACUGGAGCCGGCAAGCUAACCGCUACGACACAUUAUCACAUCACAGUCACAUUAUCUUUUCAAACCACCGUUUUAGGCAGCUAGCUUGUAGAGGUAACACAAUUUAUUCAAGAGACACAUUUGUACUGUUGACUUCUUUCUCAUAAUUGUCUGCAGUUUAUACAUAAGAAAGUGGAUGGUGUAACAAGGCUAGCAUGCUACGCCAGCUUCCUUUGUUAUGGACCAAUGACUGUAUAAAAACAUGUAAAAACAGGGUGUGACAUCAUGACUGACAGCUGUGAUUGACUCGUGAUUGGUCAGGUGUGUAGGUGGGAAUUUGAUACCGAGGCUGCACUCUCCAAUCACUGCUCCAAAUGACGUCACCUGCACAAAAUGGCAGCACUCAUAUUUUGGCAUCAUUUUUGUACAGUGUCAGGCAGUGGAGAGGUGUUGUCCACCUUUAUGUACAGUCACCACAGUACAGUACAGUUCCCACAAUGGUCACAACUGUUUUGGUGUUGGAGGUUCACUAAACUUGAUCCAUAUUGAUGAAUUACAAAUGAUUUGCACAAAUACCUUGCACCUGUGACCAGAUCCAUAGCAUUAACACACACUUUGACUCAUUAUGAAGCAAAUUUGUGACUAAAUACAACAGCAUGAUGUUACCAGUCCUGCUUCUCAUGGUCAACAGUUUGGUCUUGAUUAUUAGUUCAGUUACUUCCUGGUUCAGACUGUUUUGUUCAAUUCAAUAGAUCUGCAGAAGCUGUGUUAAACAAAUGAAAUGGCACAACCAUAUCUGCUGCCGAGCUCCCCAUUCAUUAUCACUGAUUUAAUGAAUUUUGCUGUCUUUCAGUAAAUUUUAACCAGAAAAUAAAUAACUGUAUGCAGUAUUGUAGUUGAGGUGGUUGGGGACGAUGACUCGGUACACUCAGUUCAGUUUGAGGAUUCGGGGUUCAGUUUUCAAGAUUUGUUUGUUUACAUACUGAACACAUCCACUAGGUUUAGUUUCUCUAAAACCAGAAUGAACCUCAUCACAGCAUUUGAGGAGAUCCUCAGAUUCUGAAUUAAAUGUAUUUCAGGCACAGAGUUUUGUCUUUUGUCUUGCUGCAAGUCUUGAAUGUAGGCAUGCUUACAUAAGCUCUUAUUUCUAUCUUAUAUGUUCUGUACUUGUCAGUGAAGUAGGAGCACACCAGUUUAAAUAUUUUAACUUGAUCACAUAACACUGAGGGCUCUGGAAAACAUUUGACAAUAUUGUAGUAUUCUACAACUGUCACUUGAUGUUACUGAAAAGCAAUAUUGUGACAUUUCACAAGAUGGAAUUAUACAAGAGAAAGAGCAUUUUUUUACACGAGACCUUUUGACUUGUCAGAGCAGGGAAAGCACAUGUGUGAAUAAUAGUGAUGAUGGCUCUGUUCAGUUUACUGUAUGUAUAUCAGAUUAGAUAUAGAUAAAGAGUGAGCACCACACAUAAGUUUGGAAGCAUCUUAUAGAGGAAACCAUCAUAAAAAAUCUUAGGCUGUGAGUGAGUGACCUCAGCAAACGUUUGGCUACAGUGACAAAAAAGAUCAGAAAAUACAACCAUUUAAUAAGAGUAGCCCUCACCUGAAUGGACAUUUUUUUGAGUUUUUAUAUUUUCAGUGAGGUCAAUUAUUGUAAUCAACCAAACCAUGCUCUGUAAAUGUUAAGUUUUGGUACCACGGGUGCUGCAGGGAAUCAGGUACCAAGCAGGAAGGAAAAGGUGUUGUCAUCGCUUUGACCUAUAUGUGUAAAUGUAUUUUCAUAUCAUCUUUUUUGUCAACAAUAAAGAGGUUGCUACAUUUUUAAUCUUCAAA